AUGCUGAAAGACAAGAGAAAGUCUGCAAGAAAGUUCUCCAAAAAUAUCGAAAAACAGGAGGAAAGUCUACAAGAAAGUUCUUCAAAACCACCAAAAACAACAAGAAAGUUCUACAACAAAAGAUUCAUGAAAAAGUUUAACCAAUUACGAAGAUUAGUAAAAUUCUACAAGGUACUAAAAAAUGUCGAAAGAUCAAGAGAAAGUUCACUUACUAAUAAAUGCCAAAAAACAAGAGAAAAGUCUGCAAGUUCUCCAAAAAUGUCGAAAGAUAAGGAAAGUCUGCAAGAAAGUUCUUCAAGAAAGUUCUCCAAAAAUGUCGAAAGACAGGAGGAAAGUCCACAAGAAAGUUCUUUACCAACUAAUUCUAAAAGAUUAGUAAAAGUCUACAAGAUUUGCUAG